AUGGAUGGAGAUGUAAUGAUUGCUGGGUUUUUCCCUCUUUACACUUUGGGAACAAAUCGCAGUCAAAGUGAUGAUUCUGGAGAUGGACAGAACAAGCCGUUUAUCUUCAACACCUACCAGUUUGUUUUGGCCUUGGCUUUUGCUAUUGAAGAGAUCAAUGAAAAUCCUCAUAAUUUACAUAACUUGAUGCUAGGAUUUAAUAUCUGUAAUGCUCACAUGGAAGCUUGGAAAACAUUUAAAAAUCCCUUCACGAGCCUUUUUGGGAAGGACAACCUUCCAAACUACUCCUGUGUGAGAGUGAGCAAGUCUAUAGCAGUACUGACAGGACCAUCGGGAUUAUUAUCUGCCCAGAUUGGUAUAUUGCUGAACCUGUACAGGUUUCCCCAGCUUACAUUUGGGCCUUUUGAUCAUGCUCUGAGUGACCAUAAGAACUUUCCUGCUGUGUAUCAGAUGGCCUCAAAGGACACAUCCAUAGCCAUUGCCCUGAUCUCCUUACUCCUUCAUUUCAUCUGGAACUGGGUUGGACUAUUGACCUCACAAGAUGAGAAUGGCUUGUGGAUUCUUCCUGAAUUGAAAGAAGAGAUGGACAAGAAUAGAAUUUGUAUUAAUAAAUCUUCAGCAAACGUCCUCAUCAUACAUGGUGAUAAUGAAGCCUUACUAGAUAUGCUGCACUCUUUUCUGAAGAACAUCCAGUUUCACAAUGCUGCUGGAGAUCAAGUGACUUUGGAUGACAAAAGGAAAUUGGAAGCAGACUAUGACAUUGUAAACAUAUGGAAUUUCCCAGAAGGUCUUGAACUUGAGGUGAAAGUAGGAAAGUUUUCUCCAUAUGCUCAUCAAAUGUCUUUAUCUGAAGAUAUGGUACACUGGGCCAUAGGAAAUACAGAGCCUAUUCACUCUGCCUGCAGUGAGGGUUGUGGUCCUGGAUACAGGAAAUCCCCUCAGGAAGAAAAGGCAGCCUGUUGCUCUUAUUGCACACCGUGCUCAGCGAAUGAGAUUGCUAAUGGGACAGAUAUGGAGCAGUGUAUGAAGUGUCCAGAUCAUCAGUAUGCCAAUACAGAGAGAAACCAGUGCCUCCCAACAGAUGCAAGAUUCUUGACUUAUGAAGAACCCUUAGGGAUGGCCUUGGACUGCAUGGCUCUUUUUUUAUCUACACUCACAACAGUUGUUCUUGGGGUCUUUGUGAAACACAAGAACACUCCCAUUGUCAAGGCUAAUAAUCAAGCUCUCAGCUACAUCCUACUCAUCUCCCUCAUCUUCUGCUUCCUCUGUUCCUUGCUCUUCAUUGGCCGUCCCAACAACAGCACCUGCAUUCUACAACAGACCACAUUUGGAGUUGUGUUCACUGUAGCUGUUUCUGCUGUCUUGGCCAAAACUGUAACUGUGGUUCUGGCCUUCAAGGUCACUUCUCCAGGGAGAAGGAUGAGGUGGCUUCUGCUAUCGGGAGCUCCUAACUUUAUCACCCUCAUCUGCACCCUGAUCCAGGUGACUCUCUGUGGAAUCUGGCUGGGAACCUCUCCUCCCUUCAUUGACACAGAUGCACACUCUGAACAUGGCCACCUCAUCAUCCUGUGUAACAAGGGCUCCCUCACUGCUUUCUACUCUGUACUGGGAUACCUGGGUUUCCUGGCUCUGGUCAGCUUCACUUUGGCUUUCCUGGCCAGGAACCUGCCUAAUACGUUCAAUGAGGCCAAGUUCCUGACCUUCAGCAUGCUGUUGUUCUGCAUUGUCUGGCUCACUUUUCUGCCUGUCUACCACAGUGCCAAGAGGGAGGUCAUGGUGGCUGUAGAGAUCUUCUCCAUCUUGGUGUCUAGUGCAGGGCUACUGGGGUGUAUCUUUGCCCCCAAGUGCUACAUUAUCUUGUUAAGACCAGAUAGAAAUUUUCUGCUUGGCUUCCGUGACAGAAGUCAUCCCGGGAGAAAUACACCCUCUUAA